AAUGAAAAGAGACAAUAAAGGUCGGUUACCCCCAUGAAAGACAAAAAAUAAAGUUCAACGUAAUCUAGUUUACUGAGGGAUUGUAAUGUCUUUAACAAAGGAUAAUUUCUUAGAAACAUGCUUUCCUAUUAUCAAUAAUACUUUUGAUUUGGUAUAGGUAUAUACUUCCUAUACUUGUUAUCAUAACCCCUGAAUUGACAAUCUGUUAUUUUCAUGUUAACAAUUUUGCAAUAUAGUAGAUUAUGCACUAAGUUAUUCUAUGUCUUAGAAUUUGAAAAUGAAACUUAAACUUAUUUUGAGUGCUUAUGUUAUUCUACUUUACUUGGCAAAAUGUCAAAUUUACCAAAGUGCAAAGUAUAAAUUCAACAGGAUUCAAAGAUAUAAGACCAUUUUGCUGAACGCUGUUGCAUAUUAACACAACAGGCUUUUGAUGGUGAAGCAAAAUUAGGCAAACUGAAGCUAAAAUGACAUUCAAAUGCAUAGUUGUUGUGGUGCUGGUCAUUAUUGUGCAGGCACUUGCCGGCCAAAGCAACCAAGGAAGAUCAACGACCUCGGCUUGUAGCGUUGUUGCAGAGUCAUGUGAUACAAUGAUUAUGAAGUUGGAGUCGGUCCGUACAAUGUUUGAUGAGAAAGGUGAUGUCUGUGAUUGCGUGUGUCCUGAAGCAACACCUGUCGAUUGUGCGGAGAUCAAACAACGUGAUCCAAAAGCAACCAGUGGAGUUUAUUACAUCAAACCCAGAGGUUACCACAGUAAAUUCCAUGUUUAUUGUAACAUGCUUACUGAUGGGGGCGGUUGGACAGUUUUUCAACGCCGUAUGGAUGGGACUGUCAAAUUCAACACAACUUGGAAUAACUACAAAAAUGGUUUUGGGACUUUGAUGGAGGAGCACUGGCUUGGGAAUGACUACCUACAUUAUCUGACAAGACAAGGUCUUUACACCCUACGUAUUGAUAUGGAGGACUGGAACGAUGCUAAGACUUACGUAAAGUACUCAAAAUUUAAUAUCGAUGGAGAGGCCGACAACUACCGCGUAGACUUUGGAAUUUACCUCAGUGGAACCAUACUAGACCGACUCACGUAUCAUAAGAAACAGCAAUUUUCAACUUUUGACCGAGACAAUGACAGUUCAUCAACAAAUUGUGCGGCACUGCACAGUGGCGGAUGGUGGUUUAAGUCUUGCGAUGAAUGUAACCUUAAUGGUAAAUACUAUCAUUCGGACAGAUAUACUGCUCCCCGCGAUAUCGGUAUCGAAUGGAAGGUAGGUUCUUAUUCAACUAAUACAUUCUAUUCGGUUAAAUACACAGAAAUGAAAGUGCGGCCAAUUGCCUACUAAAUUACUGCAGUAGCCGGACACCAUCUAUUCCAAAAUUAUGCUCACAUGUUUACAUAUUUACUUUAAAAAAACAUAGAAUUCCUCUUUAAUCAUUGCACCAAAUAUGGUAUUGUCACUAAGCACCACCUAAUGCUUUUUUGAGAUACAUUCUAUUUCAAAUAAUGCACUACAGUAAAAUGUUCUAAAACGUUAUAAGUACCACAUCGCUAAUUUGAUUAUAUGGGACUUGCCAUGGCAAAACCAGCACCGGUGACCAAAACAAGAACGUUAUCACGUAUUCAUAUUCUCCACAUUACUAGCUUCAAAAUGAUAGGUUAUUUACUAGAAUCUAUUUACUAUUGCCAAAGUUAUGAGUGAAAGUAUUUAAGUAGUAUUUAUUACUCUGUCUUUAUUAGUUGAAUAACACUUUCAGUGCUAAAAAAACUGAUUUCCAAAGUGGUUCAGUAUGACCAAAAAAAGAAAACUAUUGAAGAAACAAAAUUAAAAUAAUUUCUUAAAAUAAUUAACAAUAAUUUACAUGGGAGAAUAAUAUGCAUAGUAGAGUACACAAUACCGCUACAUUGUUAUGCUAAUUACUCAGUUUAAGAUUUAGCAACAGUAUGCUGGUUUUGGGAUGGCAAGCCUCAUUUAUGGUAACUAUAUGAUGUAGAAAUGUUGAAUGAAAAUCACCCAUGAUAACAAAAGAUUGUAUCAUUAUUUAGACAAAGGAAACAAAAUUUUUUGUAAAUAUAUUAUUAUAAUGUGAAUUUAAAAUAUGAACAUUCAAUUUAAAACACGAGUAACCAAUUUAAAUCAUUAAUUAAAUACACUGAUAUUCAAUUAAAAAUCAAUUUCAAAACAUGUAUUCAAUUCAAAGUUCAUUUUAAUUAAUGAAUAUUGAAUACAAAAAAUAAUUAAAAAUAAUUAUUCAUAAUUAUGAAAGUGAGAAAAAAAAGGAAUCUAGCUUGAAUUAUAGAUUUGUCGCUUGCCAGUCGUAUUCUGUAGUAUUUGUUGUAAUACUUCCAAGUUGGCUUUCUAUCACUGUUAGAAGUAAAUACAGAAAAAGGCAGGGGGUUGGGCAUAGGAGAUUCAGCCACAUUUAUGAAGCUACCAUAAAACCUUAAAUAGAAGUCCCAAUGGCUUAAUCUUGAGAAGCCCAUGGGCUUCUAAUCAAAACAAAAUGGGCUUCUUUUGAGAUAGUACUUACAUUCAGACUGACGUUAUAUUUGAUGGUUUUUUUUAAAUUGUUUUAAAAUUUUUAUGUCAGUAUCAAAAGUAUUUUAUUGUACUAGCAUGGUUAAAAUUUUUUUAAAUACUAAACAAACUUGAAAAAUGUUGUAUAGUAGAAAUUAAAAUUUACAGCAUUCAUUUUGAAAAAAAGAUGCCCCCGCCCUCCCAUCUCGAGAAAGAGGCCCAUGUCGAAAAGAAGCCCAUCCAAGGAUCCUAAAAACAAAAAAAGUAAUUUAGGGUUUCUAUUCAAG